AUGGCGGCGCACUUCGCAAAGCCCCUCCUUGGAGACUCGCAGCUGCAAGACCUGCUCGCUUCGGGUGCGGGGAGGAUCGUUCACAUCACCCGGAAUCCAACGCAGCUGGUGAUGUCGGGCUACGUCUACCACCGGAAGGCCGCCGAGGUCUGGACCACCUUCCGCGAUCCGCCCGACUGCCUGAAUUGCGAUCACGAGGCCUGGUCGCAAAUCUUCCGGCGAUGCCGCUUCCGGUGCAGCUAUGCAGAGUUGCUGCAGAACCUCAGCGUGCCAGAAGGGCUUGAGGCCGAGAUUCUCCGCAGCCGCCUGGACGUGGCGAAGAUGCUGUGGCACGCGCGGCGCUGGCAGCAGCUGGAGCACGUGAUGCAACUCUCUAUGGCUGACUUUCAGAUCCACUACAACCGAACCCUGGAGUGCAUCGCCCGGUUCUUCUUGCAGAAGCCGCCCCCAGAAGCCCUGGAGCCGGGCAGCCUCCAGAAAUUCCUGGACCACGCCCAGCUCUUCGACCCGGCGCGUGCCCUUUUUGCCCGGGCCCCGCUCCUUCCCCACCACGUUUUCCCAUUGCAGGCAGAUGUGAAGUCCGGGGUGUGGAAGUUCCUCCACUUCGCAGAAAACUGGGCUCACGGGAAGGGCUCGGGUCUCAGCCCCAUGGCCGCCCGCGUCGAGAAGGAGCUGAUAGAGGUGCGAGUGAAGAUCUUGAUGUUCUUCAACCGGCUCUGUGUUCAUGUGGUCUUUCUGAUGAUCUUUCUCCAGCUUGUGGAGUUCUUGUGUGAGCCCAGCCUGCACGCGGCGACCUGGUUGCUGCAAUCUUUUGCUGCAUAUUUGCCUCACGUCCUGAUCAUCGCAGCACCGUGGCUUUUCUCGUCUUCCCUUCUGCGGCCUAUGCAGCUCUUCUUCUUUGUGCUGGUCUUGACCACCAUCUUCGUAAGCGGCUCCAACAGCAAGCACGAGAUGAUGGGGCGGCUCGGCUUUUGCCUAUCAGCUCAAGUUGUUCAGGCAUUCAUUUUCCCUGUGGGUGCGUUGACGGUGGUGCAAUCCAUCUCCUACGCCGCUGCCCACACAUGGGUCAUGGGGCAGGCCUUCGGAGCUGUGACCCUGUGGCUGGUAUUGUUCCAUAUGUGCUUAAACGUUUUGGUCUCCAUCGCCCUCCCCAUCAUUUUCGAGUUCGCCGUGCGGGAGUGGAUUGUGGCAUCGUUUCAGUCGCAAGACUCAGACUCCUUGAUUGAGGGUUUUCGGCAGAUGCUGAAGGGCAUCUGCGACGGAGAGCUGCUUCUGGAUGGCAACUUCCAGAUCUGUGGCAGAGCGCCGUGCCUCCAACGGCUCUUGUCAAGCAGAGAGGACUUCGACGGACACAGCUUUCGUGAGCUCAUCGUCGAUGACAAGGCGAGGAAACUCUUCGACGGCUUCCUGGCGAAGGGCGGGGCCACGAGCGACGGGGCGGAGUGUGAAGAGGGUGACGAGCGGCGUCGCCUGCGAGCCGUCGCGGCACCACGAUGUCUACGAAUGCCUCUCCGGGCCCCUUCGGGUCAGGCGAUUUCGGUGGACGUCUUCCACGUCCCGCUGCCUCCCAGUCUCUAUGGCGACAGCACCACCUACCACUUGCAGCUUGGUUACGUCAUGUUGCACGUCUUGCCGUCGGAAGCAGUGUGUGGCGAUUCCGGGCUUUGGUUAAUGUUCCCGACGGAAAGUGCAUGGGUUCUGACUGAGGCGGAGGGCCCCGACGGCGCGCUCCGCUGCCAGCAACGCUUAGCAGUGCUCGAUUAUGAGGGAGCGCACAAAGAUGCAUCGCAUUCUGGGGCCUUUGCCAGAGCCAUUGAUGAGUCUUACGAAGAAUGCUACGACGAGCUGGCGGAGAUGACCUUGCUGGUGAAUGCGAGCACGGCGCUGAUGGACAUCGAGGAGGCCCACCUGCGAUUCGUGCGGAUGGGCAUGCCCACCCUAAAGCGCUUUGCCCGGCCGCUGGACUGGGUUGGAAUCGACGCCGUCCUGCGCAGAUACGCGCGAACCGUGCAGGAGGCUGAAUGUGCCGGAGGAGAAGCAGGCGUUGCCGUCGAUGACGAUGCGUGUGCCCGGGGAAUCGAGACGGCACCUCCGCGCCAGGCACCUGUGAAGAGCCAAAGCGCAUUGCAGGCGCCGCCGGAGGCGUUCCGUACCUUCUGCUCAUCGGUGGCCAUGGACGUGCCGAUGCCGACCCUGUUUGGGAGCACCGCUGCAGCCAUGGCCUGCGUGGCCCUGUUGGUGGCGCACUGGCAUGCGACGAAGGCGCACGUGGCGGACUUGAAGUCCGGGCUGUCGCAGCUCCUCCACUUCUCGCAAGACUGGGUUGGAGGAAAGGGCUCGGGGCUCAGCCCCAUGGCGGCGCGCGUCGAGGAGGAGUUGAUGCGUCUACGUUUGAAAAUCUUGACGUCCUUCUUCCGACUUAUCGUUCAUGUGAUGGUGGUUCUGCUCCUAUUCUUCACCUUUGACUUGCUCUGUGCACCGAGUCUGCAAUCGGUGACAUGGUGGGUCAUCGGCGCUCUGGGAUAUCUGAUGAUGUUUGGCCUUCUCUGCACAAAGCGGACUUUCACUUCUUCGCUACUUGUCCCUUUGCGGCUACUUCUCUGGGCACGACUGUUAAUUCUGGUCUGGGUCAGUGGCUCCGAUCAGAAUCUUGUGUUGGGACGGCACGGUUUGUGCCAGGGCAGUCAGAUUCUACAGACAAUCCUUUUUCCCGUCGGCACAAUGACCGUAUUGCAGAACGUCUCCUAUUUUGCUGUUGACACCUGGGUCAAAGGGCAGGUCUUCGGCACAGUAAAUUCGUGGCUGGUGGUGUCUGCAUGUGCCCAGUCUUUAGCAUAUAUGGCCAUCCCACUCUUUUUCGAGUUCGCCGUCCGGGAGUGGAUUGUGGCAUCCUUCCAGUCGCAAGACUCGGACUCCUUGAUUGAGGGCUUUCGGCAGAUGCUCAAGGGCAUCUGUGAUGGAGAGCUGCUUCUGGACGGCAACUUCCAGAUCUGCGGCAAAGCGCCGUGCCUCCAACGGCUCUUGUCAAGCAGAGAGGACUUCGCCGGGCGCAGCUUUCGGGAGCUGUUGGUCGAUGACGCGGCGAGGGAAAAGUUCGAUUCCUUCCUGGCACGGGCUGCAGCCGUGAGCGACGGCGAAGAGGAUGACGAGCAGCAUCGCUUGCGAUCCGUCGCGGCCCCACGAUGUCUGCGCAUGCCUCUCCGGGCCCCUUCGGGUCAGGCGAUUUCGGUGGACGUCUUCCACGUCCCGCUGCCUCCCAGUCUCUAUGGCGAGAGCACCACCUACCACCUGCUUGCCUUGAAGCAGGAUGUUGAUUCCACGCCGGUCCCAGAAGCGGACCCGACGCAGCAUGUCCUUCCCAGCAGCCUGCUGGAAUCUAGGAGAGCCCCGACGGCGCGCUCCGCUGCCAGCAACGAGUCUUACGAAGAAUGCUACGACGAGCUGGCGGAGAUGACCUUGCUGGUGAACGCGAGCACGACACUGAUGGACAUCGAGGAGGCCCACCUGCGAUUCGUGCGCAAGACCAGCAAGUCCAAGGUGCGGAUGGGAAUGCCCACCCUGAAGCGCUUUGCGCGGCCGCUGGACUGGGCCAACCUCGAUGCCGUGCUGCGCCGCUACGCGCGGAAGGUGCGCAAGGCCUACGCCGAGAACCCGGCGGGCCAGCAGGUGGAAGAGGAGGAGCAGGCGUUGCCGUCGAUGACGCUGCGUGUGCCCGGCGAGUCGAGGAAGCACCUCCGCUCCAGGCGUGUGGCCAUCAGCUCUCCGUUCCCUCGCCAGCACACUACUGACGAUGUCUUCCUCUACAUCCACUUGCAAAGCUUCGAGGAGCCCCGCGUCCGGGCCACUCCGAGCCUGGCCUCGCUUGGCGAGGAGACGCCGGUCGACUUCGAGGGGCCUGCGCUUUCGUCUCGUCCUGGAGACGAGGACCAGUGCCCGCCGUUUCCUUUGACUGCGGGUCAGGAGGCGCAAGUGGACCUGGAGCCAGCAAGACAGGAGCGGGGCCCGGCGAGCGAAGGGGCGAGGCGCCGGAAGAGGAGCGACAACCCGUUGCGCCGCCGCCGGAAGAGUUCGCUACCUGCGGAUGUGAGGCGAGCGAGGUAG